UUAACACAUUCUUCUCACAUCCGCCAUGAAAGAUCCGCCACGCGCAUGCCUGGUAUUCUGCACUUCCGGUUUGAACUCUCUGGCACAGACGUUUUACUAAAUUUGACACGGAGUGAACGAGACAUAGAGAGUUACCCUGUCUAUCUGACCGACGAACGUGGAUCAACACUUCAAGCCGAUUUGCCGCUACAUGACAACACUGCUGUUUAUCGUGAUUCUCUUCAAGGAUCGGCCGCCAUCAUUACGCGGAAGGAGGAGGAUGUUUAUCAUCUGGCUGGGACGAUCCAUCACAACAACCAGACGUACAAUAUCUGGCCAAAGAAACAUCACGUUUACAAGCGCCAGUCAUCCACAAGCAGCAAUCAGCACCAGGUGCGCAAGAUUGUGUCCUUUGAUCUGACAAACGACACAGUGGACCUUCAGCUUGAUAUUCCUUUCGAUGUGGGAGGAAUUCCGUCAAAUGUAGAAGGCAAUGCGGCAAAUGUAGAAAGCAAUGCGUCAAAUGUACAAGGCAUUGCAAACACGGAUGCUCACUACAUCAUCGAGCUGGCUCUAUUCCCGGAUUUCAGUGACUAUACUUUCUUUCUUGCUAUCGCCGAGGGCAACACGACCGCCACCAUCUCCAACAUGAGAUUGUACUAUGCCUUCGUGGAGGAAAUGAUGCAGAUUCGAUAUGACACAGUGAACAGACAGGACCCUUCGAUCUCUAUCACUGUCUGGAUAAAGUACAUCAACAUUGCAACAUCCGCCUCUGGGUCUCCUUGGACUGAGACCACAAAGAACGGAAGCGUUGUACCCAUUAUACCGGCUCUCACAAUUCAUGCACAAUUCCUCUUUGAUAACGCCCCAAAGUCAGCCGACGCCUAUAUGAUCUUCACGAGGUAUGACUUGACAGUAAGUGGAAUUUCCCCAAUAGGUUAUGCCACUUUUGAUACUCUGUGCACAGAUAUCCCUGUAAGUAUUGCCAAAAUCAUCACUGGUGGUUCAGUUGGGAUACUUGCUGCUCAUGAACUUGGACACAUCUUGGGUUUACGACAUGACUCCGACAUUGGCUGCAACAACACUGACAGCUUUGUAAUGUCAGCUAUAUUACGACUCCCCUCUCCACUGAAUCCGUCUAAUCCCUGGACCUUCUCGUCAUGUUCUGUGGAGACAUUGAAGGCUACUCUAUCUACUUCUCAAAGCGCCUGUGCUCUCAACACCUCUAUAUCCGGUUCUAUUCUUUCUACGGAUGGACGACGUGCAGGUCAAGCGAUUAAUAGCGAUCAGCAGUGCGUAGCACAACGGGGACCUCAGUCGAUGUUUUGCAGGGAUGUCGCAUCAUAUGAAAAUGGAAACAAUUUUGAGUCGAUGUGUCGGGUUCAGUUCUGUCUUGGAACCGGAAACAUGUGCUACAGGUCGAUUCCCCUUGAUCACACAUCAUGUGGCGAUAAAAAGUGGUGUGAACGUGGGACGUGUGUCUCCAAUGCUGCAGCUCCAGCAAAAUCAGCCAAGUGUCCUCAAGGGGAUCUUCCAGCUGGUUGUCAAGCGUCUAAAUGCGCGACCUACACACCAGUCCAGCUGCUGUUUUGUUGUGCCACGUGCGCUGAACAGAUUCCUCAGAAAACGACCACAGUGAGAUUCGUCGUCUUCCAAACCUUGCCCAGCGUCCAAUUAUUCGGAUAGACAAACCAAUGAACUGGAUGACAUAUUUCAGUCUACUUGUCGACUGUAUUUAGAUAUUAAUCAAGGAAGUUUUGAAAUUCUGCAAUGUGUGACACAUUUACGUAUCAACACAUUUAACUGUAUUUGCAAUAUUAUUAGGUGUUACUAUAUCUGUAUUGUUCUCAGUGGUGUAGAUAAGGGCAUGACUUUAACUUACCCAUAGUUGUACAACUAUCCUUCUGAACUGUAUAUGUGUCGUUAAAUACAGGCUCCUCACACUUCAUAUAAUUUGUAAAUGUCAGAUGCAAAUGUUUCUGUGACGUACACAACCACUGUGUUAAAGGAUUAAUAAUAUGUUAUCCCUGUUGUGAUGAGUCUUUUGUCGGUACAAAAUGAUGCCAGAGUUACCGUGGUCAGUGUUGAAUUUCUUAACCUUCGAAUUCAUGAGUGGGUCAUCAAACAAUAAUCACUUAUCCUGUUUAUUGGCUUCAUGCCCCCUAUUGGCUUCCAGCUAUGUGUUUCUGUCCAUCGUGUUGUGACAGCAUCAUCCCUUUGUUGUCACACCUACCAAUGUUAUCCCACUCAUGUAUGCUGUUGUUGUUACUGUUAAUCCUCCACCUAAUAUACAUAUUCUGCACUAUGUCCCUCACUACUCACUACUUCUCAACCCUUCCAACCCUAUCCACAUCUUCAAUGCAAUAACACAAUUUAUCAUCAAAGGAGACCUCCUAGACAGAAUUUCGAAUCUCCCAAACAAAACUAUCUAAAAUUACUUUGCUCUAGUUAACAAUAUCCCUUAACUUUCGGAUCGCGAGUCGUCCUCUCCGACGUCCGCGCCUAAAACCCAGUUAUCCACACACUAAACAAAGAAACCCGUUUAGCCAGCCAGCGCCUACCACAAGCCCACACCGCUCGCCACCUAACCAAGUCAUAACCCCCCAACCCAACCUACACUCAGUAAGAUAAAGUAAUCGCCCCACGUCUCUUAAUGUAAAUAACACCCCUAGUAAUAAUACUCUCUAGUACCUUCUCUAGGAUAGCAUAGGUUACUCCCCGGUUAGUUUCAGUUUUUUGGGUAUGGUGAUUUUUAUAUUUAACCUAUUUAUCAUUACUUCCCCACCUAUCCCGUCCGCGAAAUGCAAUAAAUGCGAAGCGGACGUAAAAUAUUUAAAUCAGCAGCAGCCCUCAUUCAGACUUGCGUGACAACGGUAUAAGGAUCUAUACCGAAACGUCGCUUU